CUGUGCACAUCCCAGCUUCUCUCAGCCAUGUUGCUCUCACGUAGAGUGGCAGUCAAAGCGAUCGAACAACAACGCAAACCCAAAGUGAGCUCCAGUCCCAGGAACACGGUAUAAUCAAGUGACUAUUCAGUGACAAUGGCUGCCUGAAACCGCCUUCAGUCAUUGCUCUGGUCUGUGUUAGUUAUCGUAGAGCCAUUCAGUGUUCUAGUAUCCCACGUUUUUAUCUGGGGAAGAAUUGAAGUUCAAGCAGAAAACUGUACAAGAAAAUGAGCGGAAAAUAAAUCAAAUAUCCACCUUGGGAUCCUCCCCCCUCGAUGACAGGAAACAACAUCCAGUUCAAAGGAGACGUAUAUAGGAUGUGACAGCCCACAAUAUGCCAUUGGCUCGGAUUGAGCCGACAUUUUCAUUGGUAACCUGUGAUGAAUUCUGGCCCUUUUAAAAUUGAUCCGCUGACAUUUUGCUGCAUCAGUAAUCGGACAAUCUGUUUCUUAUUCCACUGAUUCCCUUUUUGUUGUGUCGACAACCUCCUGCACUGAACCAUCCGCUCAGUUGCCAGAAGAGCUCCACGUGUUUGCGCGAUCGCUCUCAGCGUGUCGAAGGCUGAUUGGCGAUGUGGCUGAUUGACAGUGACGUAGACCAGUCGAAUGGUGGAGGGGAGGCGGGAUGUGCAGUUGGAACGUCCGGAGUGCCCGCGGUGGAACGCCGCUGUUUGUAACCGGCAGUGUAGCGAGUGACAAGGGCUGACCACCUGGAUCCAGGUGACGUGCCCAGGGACACCCUGCCACUCACUGGGCUUGCAGCUAUUGCACUGAGGAAGGGAACUGUCUGGAGCUAUUCACUGCAGCGAAGAAGGCACGGUUAGCUUCAUCCUGACCACUUGGUUGCUGCCAUAGCUUCGGACCCUGCCGUUGCACGCAGGAGGCAACUACUACCUGACAACUUUCUGACCACUCCAGCACAUCUGCAUGCUUCCAUAGAAACUCAGCAUAAACUAAAACCUGAAUUAAAGCUUUGCACCUAGAGUUUAUAAUUCGAGUUCAGUAGUUGUAAUUGAAUACUACUACUGGCACUUGUACUGUUGGCUUUUGUUACCUUUUUCAGCCAAGUCUUUUUGAGGUUUGUAUUAUAGACAUUGUAUGAAAAUGGUUUGGUCCAACAAAAACCUCCACUCUCUUCUGUUACUUGGAUUGCUGCUGUUAUGUCGACUGGCAUCCGGAUAUGACAAGUUAUCUUGUCCCACUUGCAAAAAGAUAGCAAGCAAUUUCUUAAAGGCAGUAGAAGAUACCUCCAGAAAGAAUUUUGGUGGUGGAAAUACAGAUUGGGAAGAAAGAUAUUUGUCAAAGUAUGAAUUCAGUGAGACCCGUCUUGUAGAAAUUAUUGAGUCCUUGUGUGAGAAUUCUGAAUUUGAAUGUAAUCUUAUGGUGGAAACCCAUGAAGAGUAUAUUGAGCGUUGGUGGUUCACAAUGCAGAAAAAUCAUCCUAAUUUCUUUCUCUGGUUUUGCGUGGAUACAAUUAAAGUUUGCUGUCCUGCUGGGACCUUUGGUGUCGACUGUGUUGAAUGCCCAGGUGGUGCAGAUAGACCAUGUAAUGGACAUGGUUCAUGUAAUGGCGAUGGUACACGGACUGGUGAUGGCUCUUGUAGCUGUACCAAGGAAUAUAAAGGCAAAGACUGUCUAGACUGUGCAGACAGCUAUUACAGUGAAUUCCAGAAUGAAACGUUUUCACUCUGCACUGCUUGUCAUCCCGCCUGCAAACUGUGUACUGGUCCAUCGAGCAAGAAUUGCACUGAAUGUGCAAGUGGCUGGAUAGAAACUGGCACUGAUGAAGGUGGUGUUACCUGCGUAGAUGUUGAUGAGUGUGCAGCAGAAACCUCACCUUGUAAAGUACACACAUACUGUUCAAACACAGAAGGGUCCUACUCCUGUGAAGCUUGUGAUGUGGCCUGUGAUGCAUGUACUGGAGGGAGUUCAGAAGAAUGCACCAGCUGUACAAUUGGGUACACUAUGGAGGAGCAAAAGUGCGUAGAUAUAAAUGAAUGCAGCAUGGAUGAUAAAGUGUGUAUGCGUGAAAAUGAAGACUGUAUUAACACUGAAGGCAGCUUUAAAUGUGUCUGUAGUGAAGGCUUCGAAGAACAAGAAGGCAUCUGUGUAGAAAUUAAGACACCAGCAGAAGUGAAGGAUCCUGAAGAUCAGAAUGUUGUUGAACCUGAAGCUCUUGCCGAUGUUAAUCCUCAUGAAGAUCUUUGACACUUUGCUUAGCAUAUUAAUUCUCAUUAGUAAUAAUCUCUGGGUAUAUUUUGAAAAGAACUGCUGUUGAUAAAUGAGAAAGAAGUUUUUUUCAACCAGAAGGUUGAACAUGUUGCCAAUGGGAUUUGUUUACAUGACCAAAAGCUGCCAGUUCCUGGUCUGUUUCCAUUUUAAACUCCUUGGGUCAAAAUGCUCUUAGCUUUUUUUGUGUCACAAGUGUUUAGUUUCACCUUGUCCUUUUUAAUGGGAACAAAUUUGCCAAUAAAAGAAAAAUAACUCCUGUAGUGCUUUUGAUGUCUGUAUGUCGACCUGGAAGUUUAAGAAGUUGUAACCUUGAUACAUGAUCUUUACGCAAACAGCAUUGAGUCUCCUAUCUGCAAACUUAAAUUCUAAAUAGUUUUUUAGUUGACAUUUGAAUGUACCUGUUUUGUGAUUUUUGUAUCUUCGUUAGCUACAGGUUGAGUUGUUUUUAAAUGGACAUUAUAAAGCACUAAUUCUGUCUAUUUUCACUACAUCUGCUCUAGUUUCUAAUUUAAAUAUGACAGAUUAUCGUUUGAUCUCUGUAAUUCUCCACUGCUGACUCACUUGAUGGUCAUUUCCAGUAUUUUUUCUCAUUGCAAAUUUUGUUCAGCGUUGGUCUUCCUGCUCCAUGAUCCUCUCCCUCGCCUAAUGUAAAAAAGUAUUGUUUGUAAUCAACUUACAUUUUAUGAAACAGGGCUGUAUUGAACUAUGA